ACUUUUUGUCAGCGACUGAGAAGGUUCUGACCAAUGGGAUCCAUUCUUUUACGCGAGGCGUGACGGCACGGUAAACAGCGGAAGAUUCAACUCGAACAUGGCAGCGGAAAAAGUUCCCAAAUACGACACACAAAACAGAAGAGGCAUGGUGUGCAGUGUAGCGAUCAGCGUGGAAUCACCGGUGAACCGACGGCCCAUCAUCUUCAACCCGGACUUCUUCGUAGAGCGGCUGAGGCACGAGCGCCCGCAGGCCUUCACGGAGCUGGUGCUGAGCAACAUCACGCGCCUCAUCGACCUGCCCGGCGACGAGUUCGCCCAACUCACCGGAGAAGCGGAGCCUAGACUACCAGCACCGGCGGGCGGAUUUCUGCGUUCUCUCAACUUCCUUAAACGCAAAGAGAAAGGGAUGGUGUUUGGAUCGUCCCUGACGGAGGAGGGCAUAGCCCAGAUCUACCAGCUCAUAGACUACCUCAGCAAGAACCUCCAUGUGGAGGGCUUGUUCCGGGUUCCAGGCCACAGUGUUCGCCAGGCGGCCCUGAGAGAGAUGCUGAACACCGGGGCUGAGAUUGACCUGGAGACGGGGGCCUUCCACCCCAACGACGUGGCCUCGCUGCUCAAGGCCUUCCUGGGAGAGCUGCCCGAGCCGCUGCUCACUCACAGACACUACCACGCUCACCUGAAGAUAGCUGAGCUGACCCAGUUUGACCAGCAGGGCAACAAGACGGGCGUCCCAGACAAGGAGCGUCAGAUCCAGGCCUUCCAGCUGCUCUUCAUGCUGCUGCCCGCCCCCAACCGCAGCCUGCUCAAGCUGCUGCUGGACCUGCUGUACCACACGGCCCGGAAGCAGCACGCCAACAAGAUGUCCGCCCUCAACCUGGCCACCAUGUUCACCCCGCACGUCCUCUGGCCCAGGAGCUUAACAGCCAGUGAUCUGCAAGGCAACAUCAAGAAGCUGAAUGAUGGGGUGGCCUUCUUAAUCAAACACUCACAGAAGCUGUUCAGGGCACCUGUCUAUAUCAAAGAGUAUGCCCGUUUAUACUUCACUGGAUCAAACACCCUACUGGCAAAGGGGGGUGAAGGAGAAGCAGGAGGAGGCGAAGUCUGUGGGAGCAGUCAUACUGAGGUGGCUCUGAGGGAGCUGUACCAGCAGGUCAGCACCAUGCCUGAGUCUGCCAAGAAGAAGCAGCUCAUCAGACAGUUUGAGAAGCAGAUUCCUGGAACCCCCGUGUGUGACACUCAGACGCCACCUCACAGCAGGAAGCAACAUCACCGACGAUCGCGCUCCUUCGGUGGAAUCAUAAAAAGGAGGGUUCUAGGAGGCCAGGGUAGCAGCAGCCUGGAGACUCCAGGCCCCAGAGUUCCAGCGGAGAGCCGGGGCAAGGAGAACAACAGCUUCACAGGAAAGCCUCUGUCCCUGAAGAGGAUCUUCCUCUCUCCAGACCAAAGAGAGACAUCUGUCUGACACUGCUUACAUGCAGGAGAAGAGGGGAUUACAACGGAGGAAACAGCGGUGCUCAAAUGUAUCUUUUCAUUUCCAAAGACUAAUGAGCCGCUGCAGUGGCCAGUCAAACCAAACAUUAUGUCAUAUUUCCAGCGUGGGUAGAUGGACCAAGUCAGAUCACACAGAGCUCACCAGACAAACAUGGCUCCUGAAUACCAUUGACAUACUUAUUAUAUGCAAAACUGGAAAAUUGGUUGCAUGUUUGUGUAGGAGAACAUUUCUCUUUGCAGCCUUAGUGACUGGUCUUGUUUUUAUCUAGCUAGUACUGUAUGGUGCAUGGUAGCUAGCCUGUACCAGUCACACUCCACGAACUCACCGUGACAUUAGUUUUUCUUCAUUUUUUUUCUUCAUUUACUUAUCGCUUUAAAUUAAAUAUUUGUAGAUGUUAAACAUAAUUACAUUACAUACUACCUGGAAGACUAGAUUUGAAAUGCAAAAAUCAUUGUUGUUUUCCCCCCUCUCUGAGCUGCCUUAUAUUCCUGUUUGACCUUUAGCAUGCAUUCUGAGGUGUAAUGAAUUAUCUUUUGUGUGAAUUAUAAAGAUUUCUUGUGGUCUUAGACCGUUAUACUAGCUGAGGUUGGUCUGAGCUUUAGUAGAUUCAGAUAGGUGGCCUACAUCCCACAGCUGAAUUAGUUUCUAUAUGUGCCUUAAUUUCAUAUUUUAAGUAUUUAAGUUUCAAAUUGCAUUCUAUAUUUUAUUUAAUCAUAAUUUAAACAUAAAACAUCAUCAUUUUCAUUUGCUGAAAGUGUACUUAGCCAGCUGUAUGUGUUUAGCUAGCAGUGAGAGUAGGGCUACAGCUAACUCAAUCCAAUAUGGUUAACUUGUAGAUAGAGAAUGUUAGUACAGCAAAUCUGCUGCUAGCUUGCUGAACGUGGUUAGCUAGUAGAGGAAGUACAGACAGUAGAGCUCUAGCUAGCUGCAUGUACUUUACUAACAGUGGGGAGAGGGCAGUAGCUAGCUAGCAGUUUAUUGUCAGUGAGGAUAGGGCUGUAGCAAGCUAGCAUUGUGUGGUUAGCUAGCAGAAAGAGAAUAUAGUUGUUUUUGGAGCAUCAGUUGGUGAGGCAAAGCCAAAAGGGUAGUUCAUGUGUUUAUACAGUUGGUGUCAGCAUGUUUGUUGGGGAGCAAGUUCUUUCAGCCAAAGUCUUAAACUGUCAACACUGUGAUCUGUCUAUUUAAAACAUUUUUCAUCUGCCAAAAGAGCUUUAAUUCUCCCUGUGUUUUAUGCUUUUUGUCGCUGGUUUCCCACAUUUUAUAACUUGUUUUUACUCGUGUUCUAUCUAUGCAAACAUUGAAUGAGGAGUUUACUUUCAUUAUGGUUUAUAUUGUUACAUGCAUGCAAAUCUGUCAGAGAGAACAUUUCAGGUCUGUCUUUUUUAAAGUUUUGACAUAUUGGGGGGGUAGCCAAAUUGCUGAGAACUAUUUCUGACUGGCGAUUCAAUGAAGUUUGAGAGACAGAUAUAUGGAAGCUAAAGAUGUGUGUAGCAGAACUUGAAUAAGCAACACAGAGGUUUAACCAAAACAGGUUUGGUAUCUGAGGUCCACUUUUUUUCUUCUGUUCACUGCUGUGAACUGCAUUUCAUACAGCCACCUUAUUUCAACUGUUACAUAUCGAUACCUAAAUGGGAUUUAUACCUCUUAUCUCUGAUCAAAGAGAUGCAUAUUGUUUAUCACUGUGUUCUAAGUGCUAAUGUGAAGCUGUCCAGCACUCCAGCAAUAAAAGACCCACAUCUCCCCGAA